AAAGCUGCGCUGGCACAGUUUCCAGAACUCGCACCGGCCCAGCCUGAACUCUGCCUCCCUGGAGAUCAACCGCCAGUCCUCUGCCCAGCUCAACCUGCUCCAGAAAUGCUCCCUGCUCCGUCUCACCGCCAUCAUGGAGAAGUACUCUGUGCCGCACAAGCAAGCCUGGACGUGGACUGUGCCCAAGUUCAUGAAGCGGAGUAAAGGCCCCGACUACAGGGACAAGAUGGUUUUCGGGGUGCCGCCCAUCAUCAACGUCGACAUCGCCUCCGCGGAGGAGAACCAGAUGACCGCUGGGAACCUGGCCGUGUGCCUGGCCCCCUCCAUCUUCCACCUCAAUGUGUCCAAGAAGGAAAGCACCUCACCGAGGNNGAUACAUAAGAGGGGCACCAUGGGGAAGCCUGACCAGAAGGACCUCAACGAGAACAUGGCUGCGACGCAGGGGCUCUCCCACAUGAUCACCGACUGCAAGAAGCUCUUCCAGGUUUCCCACGACAUCUUGCUGCAGCUGAGCAGCUCCUAUAUGGCAGCAGAUGCUUACCCCCAUCCUCUGACAGACUUCGUGUGUGAGGGGGAAAGCAAGGAUUUACACUCCUACUUUGAGCAGAGUGUCCAGAACCUGCUCAAAGAGUCAUCGGAGAAAUUCAAAGGGUGGCUGAGCACCCCGGGGCCCCUGAACACGGAGCUCUCCUGCAAAAAGGUUGGGGACGGGCACCCUCUGCGCUUGUGGAAGGUCUCCACGGAUGUCGAGGCCCCUCCUGCCACAGUGCUGCACCGGGUGCUUCGGGAGCGUCACCUCUGGGACGAGGACCUGCUGCAGAGCAAAGUGGUGGAAGCCCUGGACAAAAACAUGGAGGUCUACCACUACGUCACGGACAGCAUGGCCCCCCACCCACGCAGGGACUGUGUGGUGCUCCGGUGA